GUUGACAAAGCCUCGAACAUUGCGAGACAAAUUGGGAAUGGGUGCUGGAGGAAAAAGGUCGUUCUAUGCUCUUGUUUUGCCAAAGAACGGGGCUUGCAAGGCCCGCCAUCUCAGCGCAGCUGCCUUUCCAUUUCCGGGCGACUUGUCUGGGGAUGGAGACAGCUAG